GGCUAUGGGAUGUGGUACCUACCCACAGCUUAUGCUCAGCUCAGCUGAGCUGAGGCGCAGACACAUGUAACUGUUAAUUAUGCAACGUAGGCUGGCAAGAUAAGAAGCAGCACGCUCGGCUCGCAAAAAAGAAGAAGACAACAUGGAUUCUGCAAAUGCCACUUAAAUGCAAGCGUUUUAUUUAAAAGAGUUCCAAGAAUUUAAUGCAAUUUUUGAGUUCAAAACAAGCCGAGAGCCAACAGCAGUGGAACACCUGAUGGAUACACCAGAGGAGCGCCGUCAAGAGCCGCUGCGCUUUAAGCACGAAUUUCGCUGGCGUCACUUUGGCCUGGCACAUCAUGCACUCGAGGACUUUCAUAGAUCACAAUGGCAAAAGGAAGCUACUUCCCGUUGGUUUCUCAUCUAUCGCUGGGCCAUGGCUCUGUUCUUCAUCAUUGGCUUGGUCAGUUACAUGUCGCAUUAUUUCCUGGAAGGCCAUUGGUUUCUCUAUUUAACGCACUGGGGUUUCUUUCUUUGUUCCAUAACCAGCCUAAGUGCUGCGAUAUUUGUUACUAUAUAUCAUUUUAAUCCUGACAAAAUGGUUACAAGGCAUUGUCUAAUCAGAUGCUACUGGGUGUGCUACUGGACAAACCUGAUUAUUUCCCACGUUAUAUCCAUUACCUAUUGGAUCUUUGUUUUUCCCACACAAAAAAUGGAAACGGAUUUGCCCAAGUGGCUUGUCAUGGGCUUCAACGUAUUGGUGCAUGGUGUACCGGUGGUGCUCUUUACCGUUGAUCAUAUGCUGGUGGCACAUCCAACGCGUCUGCUUCAUUUUGUCUACCCAAUGGGCUUUGGUUGGCUCUACGGCGCAUUUGCCUAUGUGUAUUAUUUGUGUGGUGGCGUGGAUAUAACCGGUAAGGUAUAUCUCUAUGCUAUACUGGACUUUCGACAGCCGGGAGAGGCGGUGCUCAUGAUUGUCUAUUUGAGCAUUCUACUGAUCUUUUGUCACGUAUUGCAGUAUGGAGUCUAUCGGCUGAGAGUCUAUAUAGCCCACAAGCUUGGCAAAUUGCAGUAGUGCAGCUACAAUUAUUUAGAUACUAAAAUACUGAUAUAUGUAGGUAUAUUAU